AUGCGCGCCUGCCCGCGCGUGAUAGCUUUGGCCCGGCGCGGAACCUCGGGGGCGCAGACCUCCGCGGGCUCCAUGGGGGACAAUCGCUUCCAGCCAGCCGUGCAGGCCCCCCGCAUUUGCUUCGACCAGUGCGGGCAUGGCCGCCCCACCGCCGAGGGCGUCAAUGCAGACGCCCCCCUGAUGGAUCUGCCCCAGGAUGGCAGCAACGGACCCGGGGGCGCGGGCUCGCAGGACGCAGCGCCCCGGCAGGCGACGCCCGCAGGGCUGCGGCCCAGCCCGCCGACGGCGCCAGGCCCGACCGCCCCGCCUCGGCUGGAAGGACUGGAGGUGAGGUGCUGGACAGGCUACCGACGCAAGGGGGAUUGCUUCGCCGUCGGACGCAUCGACCCCGAGCCCGCAGCCGGGAGAGCUGACAACACCACCGCGCACAUCAUGGUCGCACACGCCUGGCGGCAGCCGGCGGCCAAGCGGGCGCGGGAGGCGCGCGGAGGGGCGGAGGCCCGCGGGCGGCGGCCGCUAGCCGCCGCCGGUGGCGGCCAGGGCAAGGCCACGGCGGACUACACGCUGCACGGCUUCGAGGGCACGUCGAGGGCGAGGCUGGACGACGACAAGGGAAUGCCGCUCUUAGUUUCAAGGAGGACGAUCCUUGACUCGCAGAAAAAGGUGGGGGACAGCGAUGAUGACGAGGACGCGAUGUUCCCACCUCUG